UUUUAAAUUUGUAAUCAUUUGUUUAUUUAUCUUUUCAUGCUUUCAGACAAAAAGGUUUUUUAUAAAUAUUUAUUCUUAUACAAGUCUUAUUAUCUUAAAAGUUUUUAAGUGAUUCAUUUUAUAUUUUAUGGAAAUCACCCUACAUCAAACAAGAAAGGAAAACAAUUUCAUACUAAUACAACUUAAAAUUACAAAAGUGAGAACUUGCAUAUAAAAUGCAAAACGAUACAGCUUUAAACAGCAAAAGAAAUUCUGUGAAACGGGACAGAAGCAAUGUCUUGCUAACCAUACUGAUGAAACUUGGCCUUGAUGAAGGCCAGGAAAAACAGGACAAAAUAACCCUCGCCGAACUGAAGAGAUAUAGGCAGCAAGUCACCCAAAUUGCGAGAUGUCUUCCGCAGAACUGCCCAUACUGCGUGAUUACAGAGGCCAGUUUGUUAGAUGGGACCAGGACAUUCAAGAUCCUGAAACAUCUGAACAGUAUCGAAGCCUCGGUCAGAAGAGAGGAGGAAAGGGCGAUCCAAAAAGGAACCGAAGAAGAUGAAUGCCCGGAAACUGACGAGGCGCCCUCGGAGAACAUUGUCGCAGCCGUCGCACCCGUGGUGCAGUCAGCGAGACCGGGCAGCGCAAGAAGACCACCGCCGACGAAGCAAGUAGUGGAUAGAAGAGAAGUGUACAAGAAACGCGAAGUGAGCAAAGUGCAGACUUCAGCUCCCAAGUCCCGACAAGAGAGAACAGCGGUGAAAGAGGGCGUGACCUCGAAGAGGACAGUGAGGACCGUGAUGGCAGAGAAGUUGGAGGAUGAGUCGCAAGGAGGAGAGGAAGAGCUCGCCCUGUACAGGCCAGCUGGAACAGGCGUGCCCGAGGACAGGACGUCGAAGGUGUACCAGGAGAUCGACACGAACAUCACGCCGGAGUCCCUGCAGAGGGAGCACGCCUUCCUGCAGCACGAGGUGAUCCGGCUGAGGGACGUGCUGCAGGACGCCGUCAACGAGCUGAGCAGGCGCGCCGGGAAGGGCGUGCCCGCGCGCCCAGGGGUCGAGUGCGGCGGGCGCACGGCGGCCCCCCAGGCCCAGCUCGACGAGUGCAUCAAGCAGCUGUCCAACGUGCGGCGCUUCCUGGACGAGUGCGCCGGCUCGGACGGCUUCUCCAAGCUGAUGGAGCUGCUGCAGCAUCCCGCGCGCUGCUGCGACCUGGACGACGAGAUGUUCCACAUCCACGGCUUCCUCGGGGGCGUCCCCAUCGUCGUUAACCUGGACCCGGAAGGAAAGCUUGAUCGAAGGCGCAAGCCAUCGAAAGGAGACAAGGUUUUAGAACCGCCACCGGUCCCUGAGCCGGUGGAACCCGAGCCGGUAGAACCUGAGCCGGAGGAACCAGAACCGGUGGAACCUGAGCCGGAGGAACCAGAACCAUUGGAACCUGAGCCGGUGGAACCUGAGCCGGUUGAACCAGAACCAUUGGAACCUGAGCCGCUGGAACCUGACCCACUGGAACCUGAGCCGGUGGAACCUGAGCCGGAGGAACCUGAACCGGUGGAACCUGAGCCGGAGGAACCAGAACCGGUGGAACCUGAGCCGGUGGAACCUGAGCCGGUGGAACCUGAGCCGCAAGAACCUGAACCUGAGCCACGCGCCUCUGAGCCGCUGCCACCUGAGCCGGCUGCUCUUCCACCAGCAGACGGGGUUCACAGGUUGAAAGGCUCGCCCAGCAAGGGAAUGCCUUAUUACCCGACCGUGAAGUCGCUGCCCCAAGCCGACAAAUAUAUGGAAGGUGAUGCGAAGGAGGAACUGAUGGCGCUUGACAAGAACGUGUUAGCUCUGGCUGCCGUCGCCGCACCCUGCUGCAGACAGACCUUCCUGGACGAGUCUUCUGACGAGGAGCUUCCGUACAGCGUGAGUCUGAUGUCACUUCCAUUAGACAAGUCGGAUUACGAGGAUAUCAGAGCUAGAAUAAAGAAGAACCAGAAAGCAGACAAAGACGUCCAUCACUUGCAUCCGAAGACCGAAAACUCGGACAACUUAAUCGAUAACAGUUUUGGUUUGAAGCAAGGAGAGAAAGAGAACGGUGUUUGUGCAGAACUCUCACCGUUGCCUGAGUCCAACAGUCAAUGAAACUGAGACUACAAAUAAUCUACAUUAUGAACUGAGUUACUUGGAAUAAAACAACUUAGUGCGGAUCCAUUCAUACACUUAAUAAUUACUUUUAUAUAAAUUAUUUAGUAAAAUGUUUAUGCAAUAAGCAUAUUAUGUGCAAGUCUGUAUAAACCAAACACAAAAUAUUCUUUUAAAAAUUAGUGUGUGUAAAAUCGAAAUUUGUUUACUUGUAGUUCUGGCACUAUCUGUGUUAAAACAGAAAUAAUCUAUAAACAAAUAACUAGCGGUUGAACAUUCUCGAGAAUAUUUCUUUCUUCAAUACAAUGAUUUAUUCAUUUUGUAUGUACUGCUAAAAACACGACCAGUGAAUAACA